AUGCUGCUGGAUCACUCCCCACCCCUCUUGGGAUACAUCAAACUCUUGUUCCUGGCCUUAGCUGUCCUUGUGGUCCUCGCUCAGGCUUCCCCAGAUGGAUGGGCCAGAACGUGCGGUUAUGGAACUGGGAGAUGCAGGAAACAUUGCAAAGAAAAUGAGAAGAAGAAAGGAAAAUGUGUGGCCAGAAUGAUUUGCUGCAUCUCUGCAGUAAAGCAUAAAUCACUAGAAUUCGCCAAGAAAGAAGAGACAGCAUAUAGGUUUGUGGCAAGUACAGCUAAGACUUGUGACAAGGGAAUUUUGGCAGUUACCACAAUGAGUCAGUGAGAUAGCUGUGCAGGUCACCUGCAUGGUCUCUGGGGCCUUAGUAUCUAAGGAUACCCAGGAUACCUGGGUCCUCAUUUGAUCCAU